ACAAAUGCAAGAAAUUUCUUGUAAAGUAAUGUUGUAGUUAUAGUCUGUCGAGCCAGAUUUUUUAAUUUCAAAAAAAUAAACAAUUUAUACCAUGUCAAAGUUGAACUUCAUGUUUUUAUGAAAAAUUUCGGUCUUUAAUUGUUUAUAAAAAUUAUAUUAAACAAAAUUGCAAAAGAAUGGCUCGACAGACUAUAGACAAAACGAUUACGAAGAUUUGAGAACAAAAAAUUUAAAAAAAUAUUGAAAACUCUUCGAGUUAUCGUGCCGACCGUGUCAAAAAAAACUGGUUUCGAGAAAAACGCGUUUAAAGUUUGAGAAGUAAAAAUCGUGUAAAUAUUAAUUUUUGUAGUGAGCUUAAUCUCCCAUUCCAAUUUCAUAUUGCGUGCCUUCCUUCUCGAUAAUUUUUAUAUUUUGUACAGUUUUCUGUAAUCUGUGGGCUGUUCGAGCUUCUUUGCGGUAGCCUGCGCCGCACGCAGCAGCUGCGCGCCGCGGCCCACCUUCUGACGCGCGGUCAUAUUUAUUGUUAUAUCUUCGUUACGGAUUGGAAUUUUUCACUAAUUCUUUUUUUAUUAUAUUUUUAAAAGUAUAAAGAAUGAAAAUCAGUAAUAAAAAAAAAUCGAUUGUUUGAAAAUUCUGGAGGUAUGUAACCCUUUAAGAUAUACACAAUGGAGCAGUAUUUUUAUUUAUAAUUGUUUUAUAAUAUUUUGUUAUUUGAUAAGCAUCAAAUAAUAUUUCAUAUAAUAAUAAAUUUAUUGCAUUAUUACUUGCGAAUGAAAAUCGGCCGUUUUAUUUAUUUAUUUAUUUUACAAGAUACAUUUUUAUGUACUUUAUUUAGCUUUUGCCAAGAAGGGACUUGAUUUGUAUAUUUCUUAAGUGUUGUUCUUGUUUUACCUUUGAAACUAUCUAUCUUCUAUCUAUUUUCCUUUUCUUUCAUAAUGUAUACUAACUAAAAUUAAGUGCAAUUAGGUUAAUAUAAUACAUUUAAAAAUCAGUGGAUAAACUAAUCGAAACACUUUAAUACUUGAAGGUGGAUUUUAGAAAUCAGAAUUGCUAUUAUUACACUGAAAAUAAAAAAUAUACAUUAAUUAACAAACGUAUUUAACGUUAUUAUACUUAAAGCUUAAUUAUAUUAAAUUAAUUUUCUUAGAUACAUGAGAAUUUAUAAUUUAAUAAAGCAUAGUACAUGCAUGUUACUAUAAGUUAAAGAAAAAGAAAAACUACUAUAAUCACAUUAUAUAAAAAGUGUUUAUGAAUCAUGAUAAGCAGGUUCGCGCAAUAAUUAUUCUCUUUAUUAAAAAAUGCAAAAUUAGACUCGUGGACCGUGAAGAAUAAAGAUACUGACUAUCAGUUUUAUGUGCAUAAAUAAUAAUAAUUAAAAAUGUGUAGGGUUACGUAGUUUAAAUGUUCUAAGCAAUUGAAUGACAAAUGGUUGCCAAUUGCCAUAUUUCAGUGUGUGUAUAUACGCUAUUUGCGUAUGUAUUUAUCCUCUCUACUCAUAUACGUAUUAUUAAUUACAUAUGCAAAGACGAUAUAGAGGGGAUCAAUGACGAGGCUCGCGUUGAGACAUGAGAUUGACAGACUGUCACGAUGCGAACAGUCCUCAUAAUACUCUAAUCUUAUUACUAUUUUUCAUUAUUAUGCAGUAUUUUUCCUAUUCCCAAUAUAUUCCAUACAAUUAUAAGUACAAUAAAUCUUGAAAUUUCAAUUUUUCCAUAUAUUUUAAAUUAUAAGUAUAUUUUAAUUCUGGAAGUAACAUUUUGAAUCAUGUCCCCUCCCCUGAAAAAAACCUGCGGACGCCCUUGGAUAAAAUGUUGAGUGAAUUUACUUUAUGUUACAAAUGACUCGUAGAAUAUUUUCGAUACUUUAUAACGAUGCAAAUUAUGCAUGUGUGUCACUUGCCUUUUUAUCUGAUUAAAAAAUUCAAAAUAGAAGAAAAGUCUGCAAUUAUUUCGUAACAAAACUUAAAGAGAUUCAUCGCUAUUAACAUGAACAAAAUAUUUUAUAAUAAUAAAUAAUAGAAAUUUUUAAUCGCUGAACGUGACCAUUACAUUAACGCACUCAAUCACGUACGAAUGUUCGUUAUUAAAGAUAUUACGAUAGAACAAGAUAGACUUUACAUGCAAAAGUCGAAAAAUACAAUGCAAAAUGUAAAAUGAUUUUUCCGCUGAGUCUGACUUUAAAAUCGCGUGUGGCGUAAAACGCGCUGAAAGGCCGAGCAAGUCCAGUGCGACUUGAUAGUCGCGACGCAUGAGUCGGUGACAAAGGCAAGAGAAAGAAUAAGUGCACAGUCGGAAGAAGAGGGUGAAUGUGCGGGAGAGAGCGAGGAAGAGGGAAAGAAAAGAGAGAGGGAGGGGAGGAUAUACGUUUGGGCCGAUACAUGGAAUAUGGCGCGUAGCGUCUAAUUCAGUCUACACCCGACCGCCACGCGCGUUGUGUCGCGGACUCGCCGCUACUUCGGGAAUCGAAAAGGAACGUACACGGGAAUCGUACAUAAAUAUCGUAACUCUGGUCAAUCGUGAAAAAUCGGCGGUUUUCUAUCGGAUCUGAUCGCGGUUUCGUCGGGUCGCUCGCAAAAAAAAGUAAAAGAAAAAAACAAAGAGAACGAAGAGAAAUGUGUGAAAAUUCGUGGUAAAUUGGAAGAGGAGUGAUUUCCGUUGGAGAAAAAGGCGCUCGAGGCUCCCGAGAAGCGGAUGGCCCAGUAAAAAGAGCCGUUAGCACAAAGAGUUAUCACGAGGAUUGAUAAUAUCGAGAAGCAGACUGAAGUCGACUGUCGCAAAAUAAUUCGCUGUUAGGAGAAGCAACGGAACGGAACGCGCACGCUCCGGGAGGAACGCGAGGUAAUUAACGAGAACGUCGUGCGAUAUAUAUCGAACGUGGUAUGAAGUGAGGCGGUAUGAAGAUAGUUAACGAGAUAGUACGGUCGAUGGCAGAUGAAGAGGAUAUUGAGGAAUAAACGGGACGCGCGAUACGGCGCGGCGCGGCGGGUGGCAGCCGCGAAUGAAACGCGCGAUAGAAUUUCGUACCGGUUUGUGCUGCUGGCGGUGUCUCUCGCACUUUUGCGGGGGUAAAUAAUUCUCGCCAGAUCCGACGACAAGUGGCACACGCACACGCAUGCACAAAUCCACCGUCUGGUGAGGCUAAUAUGCCAUUGAGCAGCGAGCGGCGCGCGAGAACGUUUCUGGAAAAGGAGAAGCCUGGAACGACGGAAGGCUGCCGCGGCGGCCGUCGCGAAUCGGCCGUAGCGAGACUUCGCGCGCGGACAACUUCACGCUGUUGCGACAGGUGCUGCGAGUUAUUACGGCACCGCUGCCGCCGCCGCCGUCGUCGCUACUGCCUCUUCUACUUGGCGUCAUAAUAUAAUAACUCGUGCGACUGCACUGGUGCAGUGAAAUAUCGUAUCCGGCGUAUCGUUGUCUGAAACUGAAACUGAAAAAAAGAAAAAAAAGGCGAGACGCGCGUGCCAAGUUUUACUCGGUUUGUGCGCGCUUCACGGAGAUUCGGAAGCCGAGGAAGAGCGAAGGAGGAAGACGCGACUUUUGAUUGACAUUGAUUGAAAUUAAAUGACUUGUUGUGCGGUUGUUACUUCGAUAUCGUUUGUUGUUUCGUUCGCGAGGACGAAGAAUCGCACUGGUCGGCGCGUGAAGAUUCGCGCGACAACGAGUACGAGCGAAUGUACGAGGUGAGCGUAUCCGUGCGCCUGUUCACGUCCGACGACGAGGAGACGAGGAGACGAGGAGCAGCGCGUCUGUGACGCGAGCCUGCUCUCGUUUCUCCCGAUGGAAAAAAUUGCAUCGGAAAAUCGAAUCGGUACGCGGGCGCGUACGUGUGUGCGUGCGCGCGCACGCAGAGAGCUCGUGUCGGUGAGAGCGGGUCAGUGAACGAUUGCGCGCUGCCAUCAUCGCGAGAGCAACCAGAAGAGAGGGUAUCUCUGUGUUUCUCUGUCUCUCCCUCUCUCUCUGUCCCUCGGCGCGACGUACGUACAUGCACGUGCGAAAGCGAGGAGAAACGUGAAACGCGCGCGCGUGCGCACGCCAGUUCGUAUGGAUUCACCGUCCCACAAGCAUCGUACACAUACGCAUGCGCGCACACGUAUACACGUACAUACACGUACACGUACACCUAUAUCACGUGCUAUCGACGGCAUCGCGAUGCGCGCCCGUGCGUUACAAGUGUGAGGCUCGCAGGUGCGCCAGUGUGUGCGCGGUGCGCGCGCGCGAUAAAGACGGCGGUGCACAACAGAAGAGAGAGAGGCAUUAGAAAGAGGAAGAAGAGGAGAGAAAGAGCAGGAGGUGGAGAAAGAGGUGAAGGCAGAAGGAGUCAGUGACAUUAGCGUAUUGGUUGUUUCUGGUGUAAAAGCGGCCACCGGGAUACACCUGUAUAUACCUGUAUACCUGUAUACCUGUAUAUACCUGUGUGCGUGCGUGUGUCGCGCAAAGAAAACGCGAGCAAGCGAGGAACCGUUUCGCGAGAUCCGCGGAUACAAGCGAUAUGCUGUGCGCGCACGAGAUUUUCUCUUUUUCUCCGUUUUCCCGUCUGCCUCUCUUUCCCUCUCGUGGCCGAGCGUAAGAAAGAGGAAAAGGAAAAACAAAAGUUCGGGCGAAAAGAAAUGCGGGUUCGUUGACUGCGUGCUCGUCGCCGCGCGAUGGCCGUAUGCUUCUUGCACCCAGUGCUACUGGUGCAUAGUGCGCGCGUGACAGGAGCGGCAACGACGACGACGACGAGAACGACCUCAGUGAGGGCGACGCAGGCUGCUGCUGUUGCUGUUGCCGCUGUUGCAUCUGCUGCUGCUGCUGCCGCUGCUGUUGCUGUUGCCGUUGCCGCUGCCGCUGCCGCUGCUGCCGUUACUGCUGCGUGUUGGCUCGACGAAAACAAAAUCGCAAAGUAGUGAGUUCGCACUACGCCGCGCUCCGUUCUGGGAUUCGACGUCUCGCGUUUGCACCGGCAACGGGGGCGGCGGUGCAUCAUCAAGCGGGCGGCGACUGCGGGGCCAACGGCCGCUGAUAAAUCCGUCGUCGGUGAGAGGUUUACGAAAGGGGAAAAACAUCUAUAAUCUAUAUCUACAAUUGUGUUAAAAGAAGAGAGAGAGAAAGAGAAGGAAUGAGGGAGAGAGAUAGAAAGAGAGAAAGAGAGAAAAAAAGAGAGACAACAGAUUUGUAGAAAUGUCCGUCGGUUUGAAUGUGAAACUUUGCGAUCUGUUUUUUCUUAUAUGCAUUUACUCUUUCAAGAAACUCAAUACCGAAAACUGAUGAAAACUGUCAUGCAACUCCAUUAAUGAUUCACGGAACAUAAAAUCGCACGAAAUCGACGAAAGAACGGCAGAUUUCUGAUUUCGAAAGAGUUAAGCCGAAGUUAUUUUACGAGAAUUUUCUCAAUCUGACGAAGAAGAAAUUUGUUUUGAGAAAAUCACCAUCAAUGAAAAACGAUUGUACGUCACUUGUGAUAUCCAGAAUUUGGCGAUUCGUGUUCUUUGAGCGAACUCGCGCAUCGUCGCAUUUAAAUCAAUUAAUCUUGCGAGGAAGAGUACCACUGGAAGAUGCAAUUAUGGUUGUUCUUUCGUGAACGUUAAGAUCAGUGCAUGAAGAGCGACAUUCAAGUUCCAAUCAUUGGAUCAACGGUGGGUCUUUCAGCUUGUUGCAGCUUACAUAGCACCUCUGUGUUCUCCCCAAACCUCGAAAGACCUCGUGUAAUCGUUUGUGUUUGCCGUACAAGAUUUCAUCAAUGCAAGUUUCUACGAAUCGUUCUAUCGUUCGCGAAACAUAUAUCUUUGUGAGAAUGCCAUCAUCGAGUGUGUGUUGUUAAGUGCAGCCAAAUAGCAGCUCGAUUGAUGCACGUGAUUCAGUGGUGGAAAAAGUGAAGCUCCGUUAAUUAAUUUGUGUGCGUAGCGGCCACUACGUACUACGUUGCCUGAGCGGCGGAUUGCUCAGUCAAGAGAACUGAAACCGUAGAGGCGGCCAGCUUAAUCGGCAGCCAGCGCGGUGGACAUGAUUAUUUCAAAGGAUCUAUUCCUCCUUGGCGACCAGGAUUAUCUGCGCCUUCCCGUCAACGAGAAGCGCCAGCAACGGGCAAUGGGCCGGCCGAUCAUCAAUGCUCCCAGAGUGGAAAGCUCAGCACUGCAGUUAGUGUGCCCGCUGGAUUCUCGUCCGGUACAGUUAAUCUUCCGAGGAUUACAAGUGGUCAAGGAUAAGCGAGCACUCUUACGAGAUGUUUCAGGAGUCGUCAAACCGGGUGAAUUAUUGGCCGUCAUGGGUCCUUCAGGUUGCGGUAAAACAACACUGCUGAACUGUUUAUCUGGGCGUGUUGGCUUAGACGGCGGUGAAAUUUGGCUGAAUCGCGAAAGGCUCACCAAACGAUGGCGCAGAAGAAUCUGUUAUGUCCAACAGCAAGAUGUCUUCUUCCCUGAUCUUACUUUACGACAGACACUCGAAUACCAGGCAAGAUUGCGGCUUCCGGACACGCUCUCACACUCCCAGAAGAUGCAAUGCGUGGACCAUAUCAUCGAGGUUCUUGAUCUCGCGGCCUGCCAAGAUACCAUUAUUGGAGAUUACACAAGGAGGGGACUAUCUGGUGGUGAAAAGAAGAGAACAAGUAUAGCCUGUGAAUUACUUACAAAUCCAUCAUUAAUGCUACUUGAUGAACCCACGAGCGGACUCGACUCACAUUCGGCACAGGCACUGAUUACGCGGUUAAAGAAAUAUGCCGAACAGGAGGGUAAGAGCAUCGUGGUAACGGUGCACCAACCUAGUUCCAGGAUGUUCCACAGUUUUAGUAAGCUUUUGUUAUUGAGUCGCGGUCAGGUGGCAUAUUAUGGCUCAACGGCGAAUAUCGGUAGAUUCUUUUCAACAAUUGGACUCACACUGUUACCGCAUUACAACCCCGCAGAUUUUAUUCUGGAGCAAAUCAAAGGACCAGAGGAGGUUCGCGAACGUAUCAUUGUCGCUGCGAGAGCUGCAAGACAAGGACCUGACUGUCCACUAGAACUCCGCCCGGAGUACAAUCCCAGCCAACAUCCGCUCUGCGAUCAUCUCAUCCACUAUCACGAGCAUCACAUCAGUCACAACGUGAAGGAGGACGAAGGUCGUACGUUGUGGCUAGACACACAGAGCCAUGCCAGCAGUAGUGCGAGUUCUACUGAUGAUGACUAUUCCUGGCAAUGGCCCACCAGUUUCUGGUCACAAUUUAAAGUAUUAUCGGAGAGAAAUUUUCAAGAGGCACGUCCGCGGAUGCUGUCACGUUUAAAUUGGUUACAAACAGUGGCGCUAGGACUGCUGGCUGGGCUUUUAUGGUUAGGGCUUCCUAGGACUGAAGCAGCCCUUCAUGACAUUCAAGGAUGGAUGUUCUUCAGCACCACGUAUUGGAUGCUCUUUGCACAUUUUGGAGCACUCUCUAGCUUUCCCCCGGAACGCGAAGUGAUCAAUAAGGAGCGCCUGUCAGGAUCCUAUCGGCUCUCAGCCUACUACCUAGCGAAAAUGGCCGGCGAACUGCCGCUGACGAUAACACUGCCUGCAGUCUACCAUAUGAUUAGUUACCCGAUGUUGGGCUUCCACAAUCCGGCAGUAUUUGUAACGCUACUUCUGUUCCUGUUGCUCAAUACCGUGGUCGCCCAGAGCGUUGGAUUUUUCGUGGGUGCUUGUUGCCUGGAUUUGCAGGUGAGCAUAACCGCUUCCGCGCUCUACACACUAGCGACGCAGCUUUUAGGUGGCUAUCUAGCAACGUCCGUCCCACCGUGGCUGGCAUGGGCCAGGUAUGCCAGUAUGGUGCAUUACGCCUAUCAAAACAUGCAAAUGCUGGAGUUUGGCGUCGGUGAACCGAUCACAUGCUCGCAGCCGAGUAAAUUCCUUGAGUGUAAAAAUGGCACGACGAUACCCGUUUCCGCGAUUUUGGAGAACCAAGGCGGGGCCAGGAGCUCCGGUCUACCAAUGUGGGCGAACACGGCAGUGCUCGUGGCAUUUCUGAUCGUUUUCCGGACCCUGGGCUACCUUGUCCUGCGUUAUUAUCGCGUACCGAAAUGA